GUCCCCGAUCAUCUGUUCAUCAGCACUCUGUUCAUCAACACCAAGGGAGGAUGUCAGAUCUGGCUCAGCCACAUGGCAACCAUCCACGACGUCCAGGUUUCAGACCUGUACAAGGUCUCCUGGGAGGAUAUGACAAAGGAAUGGAAGAAGCGGUUCAUCGUCGACGACGCCCCGACACUCGCCAUCAACCGCAUCUUCACGAUGGCUCAAGGGAGCACACCGACACGUGACUGGCUCACGGAUUGGCAGAAGAUCGUGGCCACACCCGAUCUGGACUUGCCAUUCUCACAUCUCCGCCAGGAGUUUUUCAACAGGUCAUGCGCCGCUCUCAGCCUCGCACUUGGUGAUCUCGAGCAGUACAACACUUUCGCAGAGAUCAUCAACAAGGCGAGAGAGAUCAUCAAGACUAACAGGCCGGCUGCACACGAGAAGUCAACAUGGCAGCCGACCUAUGUGGAGAAGGUAAAGACUGGUCCGCGGCCGCCGCUUGGAGCUGCAGUCCAAUUGGACAGUGGAGAAGACCCGGCAGCCGCCCAAGCAUCACGUGAGGGAGAUCAGGUGGCUGCUGUCCAGCCGCAAAGCAACAACAAGUCCCGAGUAAAUGGGAAGGCGAAAUCAGCAUCGCAGGCCGGAAACGGACAGCCAGCACCAUGGGUCAAGUUCAACUUGACAGAGGCCGAGUACAAGUACCGCGGCCGUUGCGACUGCUGUUACUGGUGCAACAACACCAAGCACAAGACCUCCCUUUGCCAGGAUCAGGCCAAGGAGGAUGUGCGGCCUCAUUCGGCUGCCUUGCUAGCGGCCUCCUACACAUCUGGGGAGGAUGUGAAUGUCCUAAGUUCUCGGUAUACUUACGAGGACUAUGCUGUCCACUUGGUCCCACCGGAUUCGGCUACCUUGCUAGCGGCCUCCUACACAUCUGGGGAGGAUGCGAAUGUCGUAAGUUCUCGGUAUACUUACGAGGACUAUGCUGUCCACUUGGUCCCACCGUUGGACCAACCGCUCCACGUGCAACAAUCCAUCGCAUGCACGGUUUCACCACCAUCGUCAACCAAUUCGGCAGCUUCGCCGCUAUCUAUCGCCGGGGAUUCAUCGUCAUGGUCAAGACUUGAGGUGCUCGACCCACUGACAUUCACGGACUUCCAGUGGAUGCCCGUUCCCCCGACCGGACGAUUGCCGAAACCGCAUUGCAAUGUGUUGAUGGCACAACUGCGAGAUUACUUGCACACUGCAGUACCAGCUCUGUUGAUGGACGUCGGAGUAGAGGUUGUCGACCUUCACGCUUACAUUGCGAAGAUCGACCGCGAGUUCAAGACGCAACGAUACGACGACAUCGAUGCACCAUUGCUUUAUGUACGCAUUCAGAUCGGACAAGCGACCUGCAGCGCAUUGAUCGAUUGCGGAGCAACUCGCAACUACAUGAGUCAGGACUUCAUGGUACGCGCCGGCCUUGGCCCACGAGUCCGAAGGAAGUCCCAACCCACGCAAGUCACGUUGGCGGACGGUCACACGCACAAGUCAAUCGACCGGUGCAUUGAUGACGUCCCAGUGUACUUUGCCCCUCACGCAAGCGAGGCGGUGUCCUUUGAAAUUCUAGACACCAAAUUCGACAUGAUCUUGGGCAUGUCAUGGCUGCGAAGCGACGACCACCCGGUGAACUUCUACCGCCGCACCGUUCACGUCCGUGAUAGGAACGGAGUACUAGUCCCAUGCACGGUGCCUCCUCCUCACCCUUCGAUCAGCUGCCACGUGGUAUCUGCCGCAAGCAUGCGAGCUUCCAUCUUCAGAGACGACAUCGAGGAGAUGGGGGUGUGUUUUCUCCACGCCCUCCCACCCCAUGACGCUUCACCAACGGACUCAUCUUCGGAUCCACGCAUCACCGAGCUUCUCGACGCCUACGGCGACGUGUUCGAAGGCCCGCGCGUAGUACCGGAUCGGCCCAUCCGCCCCGAGAUCAUCCUCGAGGACGGGGCUGCACCUCCACGCGGUUGCAUCUACCGAAUGAGCGAGGAAGAGGUAAGUGUGCUACGGGCACAACUCGACGACCUUCUAGAGAAAGGUUGGAUACGGCCUAGCUCAUCGCCAUACGAUGCUCCUAGUCUCUUCGUCCGGAAGAAGAACAAGGAUUUGUGGUUGUGCAUCGAUUAUUGCAAGCUCAAUGCGCAGACGAUUAGAAACGCCGGCCCUCUCCCACGCAUCGACGACCUUCUCAAACGACUGGGCGGCGCCAAGUUCUUCUCCAAGCUGGACCUCAAGUCGGGAUAUCACCAACUCGAGAUUCGGAAGGAGGACCGCUACAAGACCGCGUUUAAGAUGCGAUAUGGGCAUUUCGAAUGGCUAGUUAUGUCAUUUGGCCUUACGAAUGCCCCCGCCACUUUCCAAGCGGCUAUGACAACGGAGUUCCGACACAUGCUGGAUCGAUUCGUACUUAUCUACCUCGACGACAUCCUGGUGUACAACCAGGGUUUGGACGAGCAUCUGGAACACCUGCGAACCGUUUUGGAGCGGCUACGACAAGCCAAGUACAAAGCCAACCGCGACAAAUCCGAAUUCGCGCGGCAGGAGCUGGAGUACUUGGGACAUUAUGUGACGCCGCAAGGCAUCCGUCCGCUCGCGGACAAGAUCGAGGCCCUCCGCGUAUGGCCCGAGCCCACCAACACCACAGACAUUCGUUCCUUCAUGGGGUUGGCGGGCUACUAUCAGUGAGUCAUCACCGAAUACUCAAGGAUUGCUGCACCUAUGACGAGAUUACAAUCGCCAAAG